UAACGAACCCAACUUUAAAAUCUCGUGCACAUACUGUGGGCAAGGGUUCACAAGGUAUUCAUCCUUCAAGUCUCACUUGGACAGAAAACACAAGAAACAAUGCGCACAACAUCACUCACUUGCUUGAUGAAGGAAAUGACGAUCCUGACCAUGGCAUUAUUGAUGUCCCAAUUGAAGAUGAGGAUCAAGCUGAUGAAGACGACAUUGACCAAGAUACCGAUAUUGAGAAAAUUACGAAGUUCAUUGCCUUAUUCGUUUUAAAGGCGAAGGAGGUUAAUCUUGUAAGCCAACAAGCUAUUGACUCAAUGAUGGAUAAUACAAAAACCUUGGUGAACCAUUGCCUUCACAUGCUAGGUGGCAAAGUUAAGUUGUGCUUAGCCCAAAACGGUUUGAGCUGGGCCGAAAUUGAUGGUCUAAAAGAAGUGUUCCACAACCAAUUGAGCAUAUAUGAAACGGCUUUGGGUCCAGUGGCAAACAAGUAUUUGCAAGUGAAAUAUCUCAUGGAAAAACUCAAGUUAAAAAAUUAA